CAGAGCAGUAGUGUAGUGUAGAAACCGCGUUCUCUGUCUUCAGUCUCUGGUCCGCGCAGUCUGAGCUCAUCAGCCAGCGGUUGGAGUAGAGCUCUGCUUGACGCGCAAAGAGCAGGUCAUCAGGCUACUCCCCUACAAUGCGCUGCCUGUCAGCGGUGCGGCAACAGCUGUAGCUAGCGCGGUAGAGCGGCACGUCACUUUCAUGGUCUCUCCAGCCAAAACUGCACUAUCUUUGGACAGUUUGCCAAGUGCGCUUCUUCAGAGAAAGGCUGUUGGUGUCCGGUUUCCCUGAAUACCCCUCUCUCUCUCUCUCUCUCUCUCUCUCUCUCUCUCUCUCUCUCUCUCUCUCUCUCUCUCUCUCUCUCUCUCUCUCUCUCUCUCUCUCUCUCUCUUUCUCUCUCAUCGCGUGGGGCUGGCGUGUGAUCUGAUCUCCGACCUGUCCUCGCGACUCACCGGGAGGGGGGACACGACACAAUCACCACCCAACACGCGCUCGACUGGGGCCAGGCUGUGCGAGUCACGGAUCGCUCCCGAGUCGCCCCGCGCGCUCGCCCUUGGGCUUGCGCCCAUGGAGGGGGACGUCAUGGACAAACUGGGGGACAUGGCCUCGGUGUAUGAGUUCGACCCGAUCACCGGGAACAUCCCCGCUACUAAAGUAGAGAUCACCGUCUCAUGCAGGAAUCUACUAGAUAAAGACACAUUCUCCAAAUCUGACCCAUUGUGUGUGCUCUACACCCAAGGAGUGGAGACCAAGCAGUGGAGAGAGUUUGGGAGAACAGAGGUGAUUGACAACACCCUAAACCCAGACUUUGUCAGGAAGUACAUCCUGGACUAUUUCUUUGAGGAGAAGCAGAAUCUACGCUUUGACUUAUAUGAUGUGGACUCUAAAAGCCCAGACCUGUCCAAACACCCUUCUGAUCUCAACGACUUCUUGGGUCAAGUGUUCUGUACCCUGGGGGAGAUCGUGGGGUCACCUGCCAGUCGACUGGAGAAACCACUGGGGGGGAUAGCUGGGAAGAAAUGUGGCACCAUAAUUCUAUCUGCAGAGGAGCUGGGAAACUGUAGAGACAGUGCAACGAUGCAGUUCUGUGCCAACAAACUGGACAAGAAGGACUUCUUUGGCAAGUCAGAUCCUUUCAUGGUGUUCUACAGGAGCAACGAAGACGGAACGUUUACUAUCUGCCAUAAGACAGAGGUGGUGAAAAAUACGUUGAAUCCAGUUUGGCAGUCAUUCACCAUUCCAGUCAGAGCACUCUGCAAUGGGGACUUUGACAGAACGAUCAAGAUCGAGGUGUACGACUGGGACCGAGAUGGCAGCCAUGACUUCAUAGGCGAGUUCACCACUAGUUACCGGGAGCUGGCUCGAGGCCAGAGCCAGUUCAAUGUCUAUGAGGUGGUGAAUAUCAAAAAGAAAAUGAAGAAAAAGAAAUAUGGAAAUUCUGGAACGGUGACCCUCCUCUCCUUUUCAGUGGAAUCAGAGUGCACCUUCCUGGAUUACAUCAAGGGAGGGACCCAGAUCAAUUUCACUGUGGCCAUCGAUUUCACUGCGUCUAAUGGUAACCCAUCCCAGUCCACUUCUCUACACUAUAUGAACCCAUACCAGAUGAAUGCAUACGCCAUGGCCUUGAAGGCUGUAGGGGAGAUCAUCCAGGACUACGACAGUGAUAAGAUGUUCCCUGCCUUGGGCUUCGGAGCCAAGCUGCCCCCGGAUGGACGGGUCUCACACGAGUUCCCACUGAACGGUAACAUAGAGAACCCCUAUUGUAACGGUAUAGAUGGCAUCCUGGAGGCCUAUCACGAGAGUCUGAAGACUGUCCAGCUCUACGGACCAACCAACUUCGCCCCCGUAGUCAACCACGUGGCCAGUUAUGCUGCAGCGGUUCAGGACGGGUCCCAGUACUUCGUCCUCCUCAUCAUCACAGACGGAGUCAUAUCAGACAUGGCUCAGACCAAGGAGGCCAUCGUCAAUGGGGCUAAACUGCCCAUGUCCAUCAUUAUCGUGGGAGUGGGACAGGCUGAGUUUGACGCCAUGGUGGAGUUGGACGGUGAUGACAUCAGAAUUUCAUCCAGAGGGAAGCUUGCAGAGAGAGAUAUUGUCCAGUUUGUCCCAUUUAGAGACUACAUGGACCGAACAGGAAAUCACGUGUUAAGUAUGGCCCGUCUAGCCAAGGAUGUCCUGGCUGAGAUCCCUGAUCAGUUAAUCUCCUAUAUGAAGAGUAGGGGCGUCAAACCCAACCCCACACCGCCUCCCUACACACCCCCUGGACACACACACCACACACAGAUCUGAGCCCACCACACAAACCUUUACACUGAGUACUGACGAGAGACGGAGUCAAAGAUUUGCAGACCCUGGGAACUCUCUACUUCCUGAUUGGAAUGUUGGGACAGGAAGUGAUGUAAUAGGAAGUUGCUGAAGCAAUAGGUGUUUGUGUCAGGACUCUCCCAGACAGGUGACUCUCUGGAGAAGACAACAGCGUUUCUGUUCAUUGUGAUUCUAUCUAUUCUGUCUGUUUCUCUGCGAAAGAGAGACGGCAAUGGACAGACCAUACAAGGACUUGUCUUUUUAUCAACAUACAUGGGCCAGUGACUGUUUCUUCUUGUCUUGUUUGAGAUCGGGUGGGUGAAGGGGUCAUGUGGGGUCAUAUUGUGGUUGGAACUUGUGCCUGUCUGUGAUCUGGUUGUCUAACUGUAAUGGGACAAGUGGAACUCUCAUCUGAACUCUGAUCUUUGACUUUUGACCUAGCUCGCCAUUGGUGUAUUAGAGUGUGUGAUAAGGUGAUGUUUUUGGAUACUUUUCCAUUCAUUUUUGUUUUGUUUUGUUUUGGGCCUAAGACACAUUCCCAUAUUAAUUUGUAGCUUUAUGAUUUAAGGUUGAAAAAAAGAAAAGUGUAUUCACCUUGUGAGUUUCCUUUUUUUAGUCAUUGAGUGUCUUUGCUCUUUUGUACUCCCAUAAGUUGUAGACUCUUCUCUUGGUUUCUAUUUUAAAGCAUGUUCGUAUAUAGGAUGGAAUUCCCCAUAUGUCUGUAUUUAUAAUGUAUCAAAAGUGGCAUGGAUAUAUAAGGAUAUAUAAUUAAUAUGUGUCCAUCCAGUUUGGAUUUCUCAAUUGCAAACAAGGAUAGUUUCACAAUAUGGAGAAGCACAAGGGAGAGCUCAUCAUAGCUCUCUAAACCACUUAACCACCACCACCACCACAGGAAUGUAACUAUGCACAUCAGCGUUUGGACACACUAGAACCUGUCUGUGACAUACAUACAUACAUACAUACAUACAUACAUACAUACAUACAUACAUACAUACAUACAUACAUACAUACAUACAUACAUACAUACAUACAUACAUACAUACAUACAUACAUACAUACAUACAUACAUCAGAAGUAUUGCUUUAUUUUUUUCAAGGGUUCUGAUAGUUUACCGUGUCCUAUAUUUCAUCAGUCAAAGAGUGAAAAUAUAUACAACUCAUUCAACUACUAUUUUCUUCUCUCUCUCUCUUUCCAUCUCCCCAAUUCCCAUAGUGAAUGGAUUUUUGUUUAAUUGACAUUAAACUGCUGGAUAAAGACAGCAAAUGUAUUCACUUGAAUCACAUUGAAUUCCAUUGAAACCUUUUCAUAACCAACAGUCCUUUACUGUCCACCCCUGUCUCUCUCUCUGGUCACCCAACAGCUUCUCUGCUCCCUGAGAAUAAGCCAUUAUUGUGUUAUAAUCAGAUGAAGCCAGGCUGAAAUUAAAUCAAGCUGAGGAGUAUAGACAGUCUGGACACCUGCUGCACGGUGCACACAUAGACAGACAGAGGGACGGAUCUCCUCAGCUAGCUAAAUACUCUGUAGGCCUUAACGUACUGUAGACAGCAUUCCAACCAAGCCUGAUAAACAACUAAGGUUGAACAAUUCUGUUAACUUUUCCAAAAUGUUCAGGUUUUCCAGAAAUCCUGCUUUGAAAAUUCCUGGAAUCACAAGGAACAUUCCUUGAAAACCUAGGACUUUUUGCAAAGUUACCGGAGUUUUGCAACCCUAUUCACAGCUCUCUUCUCUUGGAGUCAUAAUCGCUAAGAGUACUGUAUGUUUUUGAAAUGGCUAAACCUGGUUCUGUACAGUGUUGUGUAUAAUAUAUGGGGAUAAAGACAAAUGGUAUAUCUGAUAUCUAUACAGUUAAUUAUAUGGCUUGUUUUUUCUUACUAAGUGGUGUGGACCUAGAGUAUCAGGAGUGAGUGUGUGUGUUCAAUAAUAAGAGUGGUUUACAACAGUACAUAUUCCUACUGAUAAACUUUAAGGAAAGCACUUUAUUCUAUUCCUUAAGAGGUGUACUGGUACUUCGACAGUAUGUUUAUUUAUACAUUUUUAGAGAUAGUGAUGAUCUUAUUGAUAUAUUAUAUGAUUCACUUAAUUUUUUCUGGAAUUUGUAUGAUAAAAAGCCAUUUAUUCUGCCGACAAAGCCACAAUAAUAGAAGUAGACUUGCACACUGACUUCAAUGGGGAUGUUAUUCGUUCUAGUAAUUCUAUUUCUAUGGCUACGCUAUUAAAAAAAACAGUAUUUAUUUUUAAAUGUUUAACGAGGCAAGUCAGUUAAGAACAAAUUCUUAUUUUCAAUGAUGGCCUAGGAACAGUGGGUUAACUGCUUUGUUCAGGGGCAGAACAACAGAUUUGUGCUAGGGGAUUUGAACUUGCAACCUUUCGGUUACUAGUCCAAUGCUCUAACCACUAGGCUACGCUGCCAAGUCCUCAAUCUCGCCUCAAUCGACCCCUGAUCUGUAGGAUUGCCAGAUUGUGAACAAGAUCCAUCCAUUCACCUGGGAUGGAAAGACAGUGUUUUAUAUUCUGUGCCAACUAUCUGUAACACUAGCCCCAUUUACUACUGGUUCUAGCUUGCGUCCUUGUCCUGAUCUUAUCCACAUUCUGAAUGUCUACACCGGUCAGAAAAUGCGCAAUCAAAAGACACAUUGUGAUCUGAUUGGGAUCUGAUCAUUCUGCCCACCUCGAGGUAGUCAGAGACACAUCGUGUCUGGAUAUCUUACAGGUGUAGACAGAUCUGGACAGAGAAACCAUUUAAAUCAUCAUUAUUCAGCCAUCUAAAAUCAUUGAAAAGUGGCACCAAUAUCCGAUUACAUCAAUAUGUGUCUUACAAUAAAUAAAUAUUAUUUUGAAUGAAUAGCUGUGAAGCUAUUUGCAUAAAGGACGUGCCAGGAAAUCUGAUCGCAAUGCAGAUGGAUAUCAGACACGUUUUAAGCACAUUUCUGUGUAGACACAUUUCUGGGAAAUGUAGGCACAAUCAGAAUGUAGACAAGAUCAGGACAAAGGAUCCAUAUUAGCACCAGGUAUAAAUGGGAUUAUAGACACCAUUUCAUCUGGAUUAAUGGCCACAAAUGCAGUGGGCUGUCUGCUUUCUCUUCUCUCUCUCUCUCUCUCUCUCUCUCUCUCUCUCUCUCUCUCAUGCCUGGCCAUUUCUGUUGUUGCCGUGAGAUCUCUUGACAGGAGGAGAGAUCACACAUGGGAAAACUGUAACCGACCAGCAUGUUGCAACAAUUAAUUGUUCAUUAUUUUUUAUUAACACCACUUUUUGUGAUCCUCCUCUUUUCACCUUUGUUGUUUAUCCCUCUGGGUUUCUCAUGUGCAUGGUUCCCCCUUUUUAUUUGAAACCUUUUUUUGUUGUUGUAUAUGAUCGUUGUCAUACGGUGGGUUGUGAAAUGCUUUGUAUUGGAUUGCCUUAAAUGAAAAUGAAUUAAAAAAACAAAUGACUACUUUUAUAAAAA